GUUUCAGGUAAGGCGUCCUGGCCCUUGGGCGAAUAGGGAAGGAGUGUCGAUUCGUGUUUGAUAGCUGCUUGUCAGAGUUCUGAUGUUUAGUCGACACCCGAAAGCGUAGCUUACAAGGACUAGGUCCAUCCGACAGCGUGAGACCUUGGGUUGAUCAAGCCGCUCUGCGCUAGAUCCUCGUUUCUCACCUCCUAGCGUGUGAAGGAUUCGCGAUGAGGGCCCUGACGUUGCCGCCCGCUAUAGCCACAUUCGUUAUAGUGGUCCUCGGCGAGGUGAUCCUGAGGACCCUUCGCCGCUUCCUCCCGGAGAAUCUGUCAGCGCGCAAGGAGGCGGCCCUUGCCACGGAGAUAAAGCGCCUCAAGAAAGAAGCAAAUAGACUCAACACUCCCAGCACCUUCUCCCGCUCUGCGCUUCUAACUCGCACGGCCACCGCCAAGGAGAAGGAGCUAAACGCACUAAAGGCGCAGCCAUCCCGUGUUUGGUGGACGUUGAUUCGGUUCGCCCUCCCAUACACCAUACAGGCGUGCGCCUAUGUGGUGCUAGUGCUCUCGUUCCGCUCAACGCCUGUUGUCAUUCUGCCGGUGGACAUCGUCUAUCCAUUCGGGUCAAUGCUUGCAUUUCCCCAUGGAGCAAAGUGGCAAGGAGGCGGAGCUGUGUCGGUAGUUGCUUGGCUAGCCCUCACUUCCAGAGUAGGUAGACUUCUGGCUGACCAUAUCAUCUCAAGAUGAUCAUACACGGCUCCUGUUUUUUUGCUUCGUGACGGCUAAUUCGUGUAGUAUAAUAGCAGGAGGGUGUUACAUGCAUUUGACACGCACGGAUAUCGGUCAGGGCCCAAAAUUGGUUUUAGGCCACUCUUUGAGAUCAGAGUAGGAAAAAAAAAAUGCCCUGACGGUCAGAGCUAAAAAAAAUCUAAGUCUGAU